AUGCCAACUCGUUCCAUCAAACCUCUGCGGCUCAGGUGCACCGAAUUCGCAGCCAAGGCCUGUAGGAUUCUUAGAAACAGGGUGCCUUAGCGGGCCUUUGGACAGUGAUUCAGCACGACUUCAGUGCAGAUCCGCAGAAGCCCGGUGAGCUUCACGCACACACAACCGCCAUGUCACAGAUUUUCGCUGCGCAAGUGUUCUUCAUCUGUCUCCGCGAGUCCUUGGAGACCAGCAUCAUCGUCUCGGUACUGCUGUCCUUCCUGAAGCAGACCCUGACCUCUGAGAAUGACAAGCCUGUCUACCAAAAGCUAGUCAGACAGGUCUGGCUCGGAGUCAUUCUUGGAGUCGCAAUAUGUCUUUUGAUAGGAGGCACGAUGGUGGCCCUGUUCUACCACUUCGAGUCCGACCUUUUCUCGCAGUACGAGUACAUCUGGGAGGGUGUAUUCGGCAUCAUCGCAUCUGUCAUCAUCACUGUCGUUGGUGCAGCGCUGCUCAGGAUCUCCAAGAUGCGCGACAAGUGGCGCGUUAAGAUUGCUGCUGCUCUUGAGGCGAAUAAUGCCGACGACGCAUCGAGCCCGAAAGGCCUCCGAUUUCUUGGGGAGAAAUAUGCCAUGUUCCUUCUCCCGUUUGUCACUGUGCUUCGCGAGGGUAUCGAGGGCGUUGUCUUUAUCAUCGGUGCGGGUCUUGGACUGCCAGCAUCUUCGUUCCCCCUAGCGGUGGCAUGCGGACUGGGUGUCGGCGCGUUGAUUGGGUACAUGUUGUACAGAGGCGGUAAUGCAGGCUCUCUGCAAGUGUUUCUGGUUGCAUCGACCUGCUUCUUGUAUCUGAUUGCUGCUGGGCUGCUGAGCAGGUCUGUCUGGUUCUUCGAGAACUACAUGUGGAACGUCGCAAUUGGUGGUGACGCAGCAGAGACAGGCGUCGGACCUGGGUCGUAUGACAUCCGCCAGAGCGUUUGGCAUGUGAACUGCUGCAGUCCUGAAAUUGACGGAGGCGGCUGGUGGGGUGUCUUCAACUCGAUCUUUGGCUGGCAAAACUCUGCCACCUAUGGCAGUGUCAUCUCCUAUAACCUGUACUGCAUUGCAGUUGGUACAUCAUUUUUCGUCAUGUACUUCCGCGAGAAGCACGGGUCGUGGUCUCAGUUUAUGGGCAAGCAGAAAUCCACGUGAGCAUAGAUGCAACGGCUGGUGUAACCGAGAGGCUCGUGUAAGUGAUAUCAAUCAUUCAAAAAUUGAGGGAGGCCGGGAAGUUUGUAUUGUUCUUCGUAGCCACAAAGGACCCACUGAUCUAGUCACUGAAAAAGACUAUGGGGUUUCGAACACAGAUCCCAAUCUGUGUUUACUGCAUACCGUCGCGUCACUUCGCACGCACCUUCCACUUCAGCAAAGUGUAGCGAUGACCUGUCCAACCUGCAGG